AGUUCGAUGUCGGGCGGUGUUUUAGGAAGACGGUCGUUUCGUUGUGUAGGAAGAAAAAUUGCACAAAACAUUUUUUGCACAAAAAAUAAUUGAAAAGUCCCAGUCGUUUUUGUAUGUGUUUAGUGAAAAUUUCAUUAUACAUAGUGUGAAUUUUAUCAUCAUUGAUGCGAUAAAUUGAGUAGUUAUAGCGAGUUUCUAUCGAUUGUGAUGUUUGGUUGGGGGCAGUGUCUUGCGUGAGUGACUCAUCAAAACUAGAAGAAUUUAUUAGGCACCUGGGAACAACCAGAAUUACUCCAGUUUCUUGGUAUUAAAUCCGAAUCGACGUCAUCUACCAAACGGAAAUACCAAAAUCGGAACCCAACACAACUGAGCUACCCUAGGAACAGGGAUAUGUGUAUUAGUAGCCAUCCGAAAAAAAGGUGUAUAAUCAAAGCUAAUUAGAAUUGACUCGCGUACACACAGCAGCAAACCACCCUUCUGCUUCUUCCGGGACAGUGAGCCGCAAUGGGAUAUGAUUGUAUGUAGCAGCACCUACGACCAGCCGGCAACGUGCUGAAUGGUGAAGUUGAUGUCAUUCUAGUUCGAGCCCGCGAACCGGCGACAACCAUACUAGCGCGUCGUUGUCGUUGUCGUCGUCGUUCCGCUCUCAGUCAGUGCCAGUGCGAAUUCAGUGGAGAUUGGUUGCGAUUCUGUCGGGGUGCAGAUUGGAUGUCUUGUGAGAUAAGUGUGAGAAGUUUUCAUACCGUAGGUUUAUGUUUCUGAGAAAAAAUAAAAAGUUAAUUUGUGCCACUACUGCCGAGCAGUGAGAUAUCUCGAAAAAGGUGAAGAAUGCCAGUAUAGCAGCGAUCAUUAUAAUAAAGUGAAAGUCUGUGAGGUUUUUGAAAGUGUUAAUGUUUACCGUACUAGUUCAUUCUACGGUGUGAUGUACGAGAAAUCUGUCUUGGGUCCUGCUAACUGGUAGCAAUAACUCAUCGUUUGCUAAUUGGUUCUACAAACAACGAAACAACUCACCACCGCCACUAGACUAAGCUAAGCAUAGCAGAAAUCAACGUACUAAUCACGCAAAAUGACCGUCACCUACACCGCCGAAGUUGCCACAUGUCGAGGCUUUGGCUGCUUUCUGAAGCUGCUGAUCAGAUGGCGUGGCAGUAUUUACAAGCUGGUUUGGCUGGACCUCACCUGUUUUCUACUAUUGUAUUAUGUUCUCAACGUCACUUAUCGACUAGCAUUAGACGAAAACCAGAAGAAAGUUUUCGAAGACAUCGCUCGCUACUGUGCCACCUAUAGUAACCUAAUUCCACUAUCGUUCGUGCUCGGUUUCUACGUCACCAUUGUGAUGACCCGAUGGUGGAACCAGUACACCAGUAUACCAUGGCCGGAUCCGAUAGCAGUAUUCGUCAGUGCCAACAUUCAUGGACAGGAUGAACGGGGUCGCGUGAUGCGGCGAACCAUCAUGCGGUAUGUGUGCUUGUGUUUCACCAUGGUGCUAAGCAACAUCUCGCCCCGAGUGAAGAAGCGGUUUCCCACGAUCGAUCACCUUGUGGAAGCCGGUCUGCUCAAUGAGAACGAACACAAAAUCAUGCACGACCUGAACCAGAAAUCCCCCCGACACUCGAAACAUUGGCUACCGAUCGUGUGGGCGGCAAGUAUUGUAACCCGAGCCCGGAAGGAAGGUCGCUGCCGGGAUGACUUUGCCGUCAAGACUAUCAUCGAUGAGCUAAACAAAUUUCGCGGACAGUGUGGUCUGCUAAUUUCGUACGAUACCAUCAGUAUUCCGUUGGUGUACACGCAGGUGGUGACGCUGGCCGUCUACUCGUACCUCCUGUUCUCGGUUAUGGGACAGCAAUGGAUCGAUUCCAAGGAACUAGGCAGCGGAUUAGUCAAUAGGAUUGAUCAGUAUUUUCCCAUAUUCACGACACUACAGUUCUUCUUUUACAUGGGGUGGCUCAAAGUGGCCGAAUCUCUAAUCAAUCCAUUCGGUGAAGAUGACGACGAUUUUGAAGUGAACUGGAUGGUCGAUCGAAAUCUUCAGGUAUCGUACCUGAUCGUGGACGAAAUGCAUCACGAACAUCCUACGCUGGUGAAGGAUCAAUACUGGGAUGAAGGAUUCCCACCGGAGCUGCCCCACACGGUUGCCUCGGCUGAGAUUAAGGAGGAACCACCGGCACCAUCGACCGAUAACAUCACGGUCAAUCGGAGACAGGCCGAAGUGAUCCCGGUGGUGCCAUCGUCGAUACGGGUUGACGAAAUGGUCGGUAAAAAGAGUCAAAAUGUUGACUACACAUUCCCUGAACAACAGGGAAUGCUCGACGACGAGGCCGAUGACACCACUAGCGGUAUCCAUUUUUCCGCCUACGAUAACAAACCGUUCCACCGAACCGCUCCGUCCACGAACAGCCUCGGUAGCGUAGUAAAUACCAUGACCCGUGUCAAUACGGUAGCGUCGGCUUUGAAGCGGUUCUUCAGUAAAGAUGACAGUGCCAGCAGACCACAGAGUGCCACACCGGAAUCACAGACUGGUCCGUUCAGAUUCCCGGGAUCGGCAAGUUCGUCUAACCUUGGCGGACAACGGGUACCGGACCGGGGAAGUGUUCGCAUCACGCAUCAGGUGAUUGAGGAGGUUGAUGAACAGCAGAUGACCAUCACAUCGAUUCAGGGUAAAAAUGAUGCCAGACCCAUGGCCGCUAGUCUGUGGGAACAAGGCCCUCCGAAGCCGGCUACUCAGCCGGUUAAUGUUCCAAAUCCAGCCUACAAACGCACACAAUCCGCUGUGGCCCACGCUCAGUAUGGCUCCACCGGUAUAUUCCCACCUGGUGGGGUGGAAGCUCAACUAAGCGCAUCCGCUCCACAGGGGGGACGCUUUGAAACGGAUUUUAUUCCUUUGGAUGGCCAGAGAGAUGACCCUCAUUUUAUGGACAGUAAAGAAUCGCACAAAACCGUCGAAGACGGUAUGGUCGGAGGCCACGACGAGGACUCGAGCGAUACAGAUGAGUUUGAAAUGUUGCGUCAAGCACGUGAGAGAGAACGUUUCGAACGUCAGAAGUUCAAGCUGGCGCGAUCCGUCAGUGGACUGGGUCCUGUGGAACCCGAUAUUUUAUUAGAAAAGCUAACCAAAACAGCUGAACAACAGCAGCAGGAAGCAGGUCCGUCCGGUACGGAUACACCCGACACUCACAGACAUUCCGGGGCGCCCGCUUCGCUGCAGCCAACUGACACCACCUUAUGAUUCUACGUUUCCGAAGAUGACAACGUGAUCGUGGUCAAUCUUAGGGAUGGAAGCUAGCAUUAGGAGAAAUUUGUGAAUCUUUUUGUCCCGGGAUGGCAUUGGCAUUGAGUGAUGUGAUCGAUUUGUUUUAUUUUUUGACAAUCAUUUGCAUGUAGGCUUUUUUGAACCAGUAUUGUAUCAGUUAAUAACAUUUAAUUAAUUAAAGUGGACCCCUAGCUGGAGCUAGCAAAAUCAUCUAUUCUCCUUCGAUCACAGCGUUUUUUGUUGUUGCACCGCCUACUAAUAGCGGAUUCGUUUAUUAUUCAGUUCCAACCUGGAUCGGGUAUCAAGAUUGGGUCUGCUUGUUUUCUGACAAACGUCAGUUUGCUCGUUUGUUUUUAAAACCUAGUUCAGGUUGAGGUUCACACUGACAAAAAGUUCGGUUUCGCACUGGGUUGGAACUGGUGUUAACCCCGAUAAUAAACGAAUUCGCUAUAAAUCGACUGUGAGCAUGCAUAAGGGCGAAUACGCGAUGAUCGAUUCUCUUCAUCUACAGCUAAGCGAAACAAUUUUCUAGAAUUUGUUCAAUGUUGUAUUGGCUAUCAAAAGCAACAGCAAACGCACCGAGAAACGUUAAAUCUAGCGAGUUAUUAACAAAAGAGAAAAUCGACAAAGAGAAUCGAUCAUCAUGCAUGCUCACUGUCGAAUCAUCUCUUCUUGACGAAUAUGCAUUGCGUUCGAAACCGUGGGAUCAAAAGGAACACAAGGGAAAACAGAUAUUCAGUGAUAUUUAUUUUAGCAUAGAAUCAAAAGGUAGUUGUAGGUAUUUCUAGACUUCUAAAGUACACUUGCAUGAUUUAGGGAAAAAAUAAAAACAAUUCGAUAUGCCUUCGAACAAAAACAAAUUCUGCCUUACAGAGCUGAUUUUAUUUUGCCAAAUAUUUCAAUGUGUCGCUAUUAGGCAGCUCCUAGAUUUUGGAAUUUUGCAUAGUAAAAGCGAAAAAUAUAUGUAGGCACACUGUUAGUAAAUAUUUCAUAUUAACAAUAUGAUCCAUUCAUGCCUUUUCCAAAUAUUGCAAUGGCGACCCGCAAAAUAUUGCUUUACGCACCAUCUAGCGUUGAAAAAGGUCAGCAACAAUCAUUCAAUUACAAUCGAGGGGUGCGAAUAUAGCACUUAUUACAAAAGUAAGAGUCACAUUAUUUUCAUUAAUUACUUUGUGUAUAUUACUUUCAAAUUUGUCUGACAUGUCACUGUUGUCAUCAAAUAAAAUAAUAUGCUGAAAUACAUUAAUUUGAAAUAUUAAACAAAUUUUCAUUUGGACUACCCCUCAUUUGGCCACAGAGGUGCUUUCAUCGCAAAAAAUUUGGUUCGCCAGCUAAGCGAAAGAGUGGAUCAUAUUGUUAAUAUAAUAUAUUUGCUGUUAGAUAGAAAAUACCAUCAAUGAACCAGUAUCCGCUCAAGCCCCAUAUACUGCUCACCUUUGUAAAAAAAUGCUAUUUUUCGGAUCAAUUGCAAUAGGUAUACACAUACCUACUGCCAUUUAAAAACCAUUAACUUUCAUUGGUUAUUAUUACUAUUCCUGAAAUAUGUCUUAAACGCUGGCCGGACUGAGCAGUUAUAACAUGUUAUAACUCUGUGUAGUCUGAACGUACUAUAAGACAUACUUUAUUGAGAAUCACAGUGCUUUUUUUCAGUUUGUGGUACACUGAAAAAUAUAUCGGUUUUUAUGUAUCAUCUGUAAGAGCUUCGUUAUCUGAGCAGAGCGAUAUUUUUUUCGAACCCACACACUUUCAUCUCGAUUUUUAAAUCAAGAUUUAAAGCAAAAUAAUAACUUCACUGUUUGACACUAAACUGACAAACUGACAGCUCGCUCCUAUUGACUUCUUGACGCAACAUCUCACUUAUACAACCUAGCUAGCGCAGCCCUGUAAAAUCGGUUUGUUUAUUAUUUUCAACCACGAAAUCAGCUGUCAAAGUGUUCGACUUGACAGCGGAUUGUUUUUUUAUUUUCAACCAGUAAAAUGCAUGUAUUAGUGAAACUUCUCACUAAUACUAACGGAGGUAGAGAACUCUAUACAAAAUGACACCGAGGGGCGCUAAUAAGGUGAUUUUCGCAAAUGUUAUCGUACAUAUUUAUAAAUAGUUCCAGUGCACCAGUGUUGGGUUUGGGUUCCAUUUUUAAUGCAGAUUACGAAUAUACAUUUACCUCAAUACCUUUAAAGAACCCAAUUAUCGCUCAUUUCAACAUCCUUUUACUUUGGUCUAGGUUAGGAUCUGGGAGGGAGAAGCAGACUUGAAAAUAUAUAAACUUAAAAGGGAACCAGAAUCAAGCAGUCACGAACUGUCAUUGGGAGCCAAGCAGUUUGAUUAUGCUUUUCUUACAGUUAAGAAUACACAAGAUUUUAUUGGAAUCUUGCGUAAUGUAAUUUAUAACAAUCGUUCGUUUUCAACUUUCUUAUUCAAUGAUACAUCGUUUUUUUUUUAAUUUAUCCAUUGAAUAUACUCAAAUCAAUAUUGAGAGAUACUAUUAACCAAGGUUUUUGUCAAAAUUUUUAGUGGCAUAAUAAAAAACAGAACAGAAAAGUAAAUGUUUACACUGCACACUGGACAAUCUCAUACAAUCACUUACACGCUCAAAGCAAAACAGGCUAUUUUGAUUUGUUUCCAAUGGCACAAAUUUUCAUGACAAGAAGAACAAGCUAUAAAAUAAAAUCCGUGUGUGCUAUCUGCUUCUCCCUCGCAGGUUAGGAUUAAUCUAACAGUAACGGGGUUGUCCACAGUCCCAUGUAGACAGUCUUUGAGAUGUUUUAGACCACCACACCUCGCCCCGCUCCCUACAUGGACAACCAUUCAUAAAAAACCAACUCCCCUCCUCCCUAAAACACGGACAUCCCAAAAUAAGAAGGGGAAAUG